UUCCUCCUCUCCUCUCCCCUCGCUUCCCUUCCGCAUCGGCGCCCUACCCUACCAAACCCAGUCCACCACCCCCCACUUCUCCCCUUUCCUUUCCAAAUUCCAUCCCAAUUCCAUCCAAAACCACCACCACUACCAAAUCGUAUACAAUUCUCAGAGAUUCGAAUUCCCCUUAGCACCACUGCCAUUAUUAUCUUCUCCGUCGGGAAGGAAGGAAGGAAGGAAGGAAGGAAGGAAGGAAGGAAGGAAGGAAGGAAGGAAGGAAGUCGAACUCGAACUCGAGGGUCGGCCUGCCUAUUUGGGUGCCUUUUGUCGCCCACUGUUGGGUGCGCGUCUGAGCGUCUCCUCAAUUCUCGUGCGGCGAGGGAUCUGCCCGUCUAUGGUCGCCGGCGGGAGGGCGGUCCUGCGGCGGGCGAAGAUGGGCGGCGACGACGACGACGAGUACGUCGUGGACGAGGACGAGGAGGAGGAGGUGGAGGAGGAGGAUGACGUUGAGUACGCGGCGGCCGCGUGCUCCGACGAGGACGCCUCCGAGGAGGAGGCCGAGGACGAAUCUGACGCCGACUUCGACGGGGACGCGGAGGAGGAGGAGGAGGACGACGAGGAUUUCGAGAUCGACAAGCCGCGGCACCGGCCGAGGCGCCCUCCCAGGCCUCCCCCCAGGCCCCGCGGGCGGGGCAGGAAGAAGGCCAAGUCGGACGACGACGACGAUUCCGACGCCGAUUCCGAGGAGGAGGAGGAGGAGGACUUCGAGAUCGACGCGCCGCGGCCCAGGCGGCGGCCGGCCAGGGCUCGCGGCCGGGGCCGGAAGCGGAGGCGGAGGCAGGAGUCGGAGCAGGAGGAAUCCGAUGCGGAUUUCGAGGAGGAGUUGGAGGAGAUCGAGACGCCGCGGCCCAAGCCUCGCCGACGGGCCAGGAAGGCCAAGCCGCGCGACGACGACGACGACGACGACUCCGAUGCGGAUUUCGAGGAGGAGGAGGACGAGGAUUUCGAGAUCGACACGCCGCGGCCGAGGCGUGCGCCGACGGCUCGCUCCCGGGGCAGGUCGAGGAAGCAGGAAGAAGAGUCUGACGCGGAGUUGGAUGGGGAGGACGAGGGCUUCGAGAUCGAGACGCCGACGCCGAGGUGCGCGCCCACGGCUCGCUCCCGGGGCAGGGCGGGGAAGCAGGAAGACGAGUCUGACGAGGAGUUCAAUGGGGAGGAGGAUGGAUUGGGCAACGAGGAGGUGGAGGUCGAGGCGCCAUGGCCGAAACGCCCAGCCACGGUUCGGUUCCGGCGCAGAAGGGAGGAGCAAGAGAUCGAGUCUGAUGCAGAUUUCAAAGGGGAGGAGGAAGAAGUGGAGAAUGAGUUGGAGGUCGAGACCACACAGCCAGCCAUGGACCCUUCCUGGGGUAGGAGUGAGGAGCAAGAGGAUGAGUCUGAUGCAGAUUUCAAAGGGGGGGAGGAAGAACUAGAGAAUGAGGAGUUGGAGGUCGAGACCCCACUGUCAGCCAACUUUCGCUCUGGUGGCAGGAAUGUGAAGGAGGAGGAUGAGCUUGAUGCAGAUUUCAAUGUGGUUGAGGAGGAAGUUGAGGAUCAGGAAGAGGAUGACGAGCUGGAGAUGGAGACGCCAGAGUCAGUCAAGUAUCACUCCGGUGGCAGGAAUGUCAAGGAGGAUGAGCUUGAUGCAGAUUUCAAUGUGUCUGAGGAGGAAGUUGAGGAUCAGGAAGAGGAUGAAGAGCUGGAGAUCGAGACUCCAGAGUCAGUUAAGUAUCGCUCUGGUGGCAGGAAUGUGAAGGAGGAGGAUGAGCUUGAUGCAGAUUUCAAUGUGGCUGAGGAGGAAGUUGAGGAUCAGGAAGAGGAUGAAGAGCUGGAGAUCGAGACGCCAGAGUCAGUCAAGUAUCAGUCCGGUGGCAGGAAUGUGAAGGAGGAGGAUGAGCUUGAUGCAGAUUUCAAUGGGGCGGUGGACGAAGUUGAGGAUCAGGAAGAGGAUGAGGAGUUGGAGACCGAGACGCUACAGCCGAGGAACCUGUCCGAGGCUCGUGGCAAGGGCAGGAAGGUGAAGUCAACACGCUCUAGCCGGCAGAGGCACGAGGAUGAUGAUGAUUACGAGGAAGAGAUCGAGGAUGAGGAUGAAGACUUUGAUCCGGAGGUGGACGAAGAUGAGGAGGAUGAGGAGGAAGAUGUUGAAGAAGAAGAUGAUGAUUUGGGGGAUUAUGCCCCAACUCGUGCCACAAAUGUUAGACCUAGGAACCACUUGGCCAAGCGGAAGCCAGCGGCUGGGCGCCAACACCGUAAGAGGAAGAGUAGUUCCAAGGGAAAGACAAGGAAUGGCACGUCAGCACGUCGGCGUAGGAGCAAGCGGCGGGUGGCUGACGACUAUGAAGACGAUGAGGAGGAAGAGGAUGAUGAUGAUUUUGUUGUCAAGGACGACGUGGAGGAAGAGGUCAAUUACCGGCCAAGGAAGAAGGCCAAGGUUGGGAGGAAGACGAGGGAAGGUACUGCAGAGCCAGUUGCUGUGGGAGAAGCAUGGCCAUCAGUCGAAUCUGACACAUCAGAAUUUGAGUUUGUGACAUCUGACGAGGAUCAUGCUGAGAAGGAAACACCAGUUGCUGAGCCUGCGAGGAUCAAGAGAAAGAAGGGUAGGAGGAAGAGGGGUUCUGAAUCAGACUCGUCUUCAGACUCUGAUUAUGUCAUAUCGGAGGAGGAACUUAAGGAUUUGGGGGUGCCUAGGCCCCAAGAGAUCGUGCCACAGCUGCCUUCGCCCCCAGCACGAAGGACCAUUGCUCCUAGGAGGGUAGACGAGAAGGGAAAAGAGCCAGAGGAGGCUUUGAAACAGAUAUGUGGUAUCUGCCUCUCAGAGGAGCAGAGAGCUACAAUACAGGGUGUGCUUAAUUGCUGCUCACACUACUUCUGCUUCGCGUGCAUCCUUGAGUGGUCAAAGGUGGAGUCGAGGUGUCCACUGUGUAAACGGCGUUUCAACACAAUUACCAAGUCAUCAGUGGCAGAUCUAGGAUUGGGGUUGAGGAAUGCUCCUGUUAGGGUAGAAAAGCGCGAUCAGGUAUACCAGCCCACUGAAGAUGAAAUGAGGCGAUGGUUGGACCCAUACGAAAAUGUUGUAUGUAUAGAGUGCAAUCAAGGCGGUGAUGACAAUCUCAUGUUGCUAUGUGAUAUAUGUGAUUCCUCUGCACAUACUUUCUGUGUUGGUCUGGGAAGAGAAGUACCAGAAGGCAACUGGUACUGUGGUGGGUGUAGAUCCAGUGUGGAAGGGCCUUCUCAUGCACAAACACAGGAUAGGGUGGUUCACCGUGGAGAUAGUAACAUGAACACCGCCGAUAGCAGUUCUGGUUCGUUGGGCAGAUCUACAUCAAGUGGAGUGUUCCAGAGACCACCACCAAUAAACGUUCAGCCUUCUUUGCAAGGAUUUGAUCUAAAUCUCUCUCCAAUAGAAACACCUGAGGAAGAUAAGCGAGCCGAGUCACAUCUCUCAGCUGAACCUGUAUCAACUCCUACUGGGAGGCAUGCAACUCUUGAUAGAAGGCGUGCCUUGAACCGACGCAUUCGUAUUCUUCUAUUUAGACCUAGGACUGCAACUAAUGCUUGGCAGAAUAGCAUUCAGCAAGACAGAAGCGCACCAGCAACAGAACAAAAUCAACGGAACGCCUGCACCUCUACAGAUGUGAGCCCAUCAUGUUCCAGGGCUGAUUUUAUGCAGAGCCAGCAGAGUAGCUCACAUUUUGUACAGUCUGCAAGUAAUCUUAAUCAAUGCACUGAUGAGGGUGGAAGCAAUUUCCGAGAAGUUGCAAAUGCCAAGGACCAGCUGAUUCCUAUUGUCAAGAAGAGCAUCAAGCACAUUUGUGCCCGGUCCCCAUUGGAUCAAUCCUCUUUCACGAAUGUAGCACGGCGGGCGACACACACUAUCUUAGCGUUGUCUGGUAUUGCGCACAACAAGGAUAGGGUUGUUUCUACACCUUUUCCUUUUCCUAGCCAUUGUUGCCACGCCUGUGAUGGCCGAGAGCCAGCGUUUCUCAUGAGAACCAUCUGCUCGUCAUGCUUCAACUCAUUCGUUGGUGAUGUCGUCAGUCACAUCGCUAAUAUGUUUUCUUGAAGUAGGUGGUCUUUUCAAGCUGGCAUUUCUCUCUCUGCUGUCAUCAUUCUUUGAAUUUAUAGACACUUGGAAAGAUUAUACGGAUACGAAGGUGUUAAUGGAUGUUGGAUAGCUUGAAAUAUAGAUCAUUUCUAAAUGAUGCAUUCUCUUUUGGAACUAACUUCUUAAUUGACUUGUCAUUAGCCAUCCUGACAAGUUUCAAGGCUUCCAGCAAGCUGCUACAGUCUUCAAUGAUGAUGCCCUCCAAUGAUCUUUUUUAUUGCGAACUGUGUAACUUGCUUUUCCUUUCUCUCAGUAUUAUAUGCUUUAUCUCCAACAGAAGUGGAGCAUCUUAUAUAUCAUGAGAGAAAUCCGGAGGAGAAAAACUGAACAUUAAUAUGUUGAGCAUGCCACUAUGAACAUUAGAAAUUGAGAAUAGGAUAUAGGACCAAAGUUUGUAUAUACAAGCAUAUAACCACAUGUGCGAGUCUGCUAGAUCUGAUGCACUGUUAAGAAAAUCUCUGCAUAUCAUUCCAUUAGUGUUUGUUAUACUUUGGAAGGAAUAACCUUUCUUGGUAGGAAUAGCUUGUGUCCUUUUCACUUGGUGUUCUCAGUUCGGUAUCUUUCUUGUCUGCACUUGGUGAAGCCCCCUCUCAUAACUGAAGCGAGGCGGUAUUCGAUUUAUCGGAUUUUGAGCUACCUGCCCUUUUCCCUUUUCUUGCUCUGAUAUUCCUCUUCCGAGUCUUCCUCUCGAGUCCUAUAUUCUUCUUCUAGGGUCCUAUAUAUCUAAAUUCAACAAUUCCUGAACCCUUUUUAUCUUUGUGUUCAUCUGUACGGUUUGUGCAAUUAUGUUACCAUCUUGCCCUUUUCCAA